UUGGAUGGUUGGUUGGUGUACUCGAACCCUAGUCUCUAGACUGGCAGUACGCACUGCCACUAUCUAACUAUCUAGAGUCUCGUUUUGGUACCGAAGAGUACUGCGGCUCAGUUCCUCCCUGAACAGCCCUAAUCUUUGUAAAGACAUAUAGAAAAUCAACCAAGAGGUCGUCUAAAGGCAAUUUAAGGAGAUUUAUUGCAUUUGCAUUUUUCCCCUCGAAUGCGGCAACAAUUAUUCUGUUUUACACUUUUCGCUUCCACACACAUCGAGAAAAAAGCGCGUUUAUGUUGUCACAACCUUCAAGAAACAGUUAGUUCACACAGUUCGUUGGGAAUUACAAAGAAAAGAAGAAAAAAAAUAUAAUCAUAUUUUAAGUGUCUAUUUAUUGAAAACACAAAACAUGGAUAUUUGGAACCAAGACCAGUUUUUGGCACAGCGAUUCGAUUACAAUUCAUCGCAUAAUGAGCAAUUCUAUGGCAAUUCAUCGUAUAAUCAGCAAUUCUAUGGCAAUUCAUCGCAUAAUCAGCAGUUCGAUGACAAUUCAUCGUAUGCAUCGCUUUCAAUGGAUCCUACAGAAUCAACUUGGCCCUUUCCAUUCCCCAAGCCAGUACCAAGACCAACCGAAAUGGAUCCGUACGAUCCGAAAUUGGAAAAUAUGGAAUUAUUAAUCACCAUAUUCUCAAUUCUACUGUGCUUUAUGCCAAUCGUAUUUUUCUAUGCAAUCGCACGCAUAAUUUCACAAAAAACCGCGCAUUUAAUACCAGCCGAUUCCAUUACAAGAUUCAUUAUAGAAUUUUUCGUUAUCAUUGUACCAACGGUGUAUUUUGUAAACGUUUGGUUGCUUUAUUCGAUUUAUUUGAACGCCUUUUUCUGCAUAUGCUUCGUGUACGGAUUAUACAGGUUUCUCAAGACAAAGGCAACGGAACGUUGGUAUAUACACGGCGGUAGACGACCAUUCGUGUUGACAUUCGAUCGUGCCACAAUCAAUAUACUUACAGCGAUUUAUAUAAUCGGUGAGCAUUUGGGUCGCUUUCCGGUGAUUUAUCUAAAGAAGCGACCCUUCGGUGCCGGCGUAAUGGAUGUUGGCAUAGGUUUAUAUGUAUUUUCAAUGGCGGUAGUUGCGCGUAGAAAGAGUGAUCUACCUCGGCUUAAGCGUACUGUUGGCUUACUGACUACUCUGGGUCUCAUUCGUUUAUUUUGUGCGCAAUUUUUAAAUGUUAAACAGGAUAUACAUGACUUUGGAUUACAUUGGAAUGGUUUCUUCACAUUGGCUGUAACGAAGUUAGUUUGCUCAUAUUGGUGCGAACUAUUUAGAAAACGCAUUCUGCUUUUCCUUUCGGGAGUAGUUUUAUUGAUACUCCAUCAAGUCUUGCUGCAUGAAAUCUGCUAUGAGGUCAUUUUGAAUGAAAGUCUUCCGCGCGACACAUUUAUUUUUGCCAAUCGUGAGGGUAUAUUAUCACUGCCCGGUUUUAUGGCAAUUUAUGUGUUAUCCUUUUGUAUUGGGCAAAUAAUACGCGAUCCAGAUGUGGCUGUGCCACGUAAGGAAUUCGAGGAGGCCACACGUACACUCGGUUGGAUGAAGGCAUUAUUUAUGGUACUGUUGAUCGGCUCCGUAUUUACAUUUUCCGUUUCGCGCAUUUCAUGCAAUACCGGCUAUGUCAUAUGGAUUUUAUACAUCGCACUCUAUAUGAAUUUCAUAAUAAUGGGAGUUUUUCAUUACUUUUUAAAUACAUUGUGGUUUGCGAGCCAAGCGGAUGAGUAUGCCAGAAUUUUUAAUGUUUCGAUGAUAACUGCCGCGCAAAAAUCAAUAUAUAGGGAAUAUAUGCCGGUGAUUGUACGGUCAAUGAGCGAGAAUGGUUGGGUGUGCUUUGUGCUGGCAAGUGUCUAUGCGCACUUUAUUAAAAUAUAUAAAAUCAGAGAUUUCACCGAAUUUGAAUGCUUUUGCAUCUUAAAUGUGUUUAUGUUUACUGUUGUUGUUGUCAAUUAUGUACUAUAUCGUUGUAAGCGGCUCUGGUAAUGAAUAAUACACACAUAUAUAUAAAUUUUUUUUAAUGAACACAUAUGCUCGUAUACAUGGUUUGACUUAUUUUGUGAUAAAACGAAACUUGUUUGGUUUCUUUUUACAAAUAAAUUUACGAAAUGAUGCUC